AUGAGCACUCAGCCGGUUACCCCGACGUCAGCUUCGAUGCCACAUAUUGCCAUCCUAGCCUCCGUUUCUACGCUCGGUCCUCAGCUUUCUCGUCUGCCAGACGAACUGCUCCUGCAGAUCUUCAAAAUUGUUGCCACAACUAUGUUUCCUGAGACUUCAAGGUUCAAUACCGUCAUUAGUCCGCAUAUCUUCAACAUCCUCAACCGCCACUAUGCCGUCAACAGGAUCCGCAACGUCUCCGUCGACUUCGCUUCAUUCUUCAUGGAAGCCUUCUACGGGAACUUCAACUUCAGCUUCAAGCACAAUGCUCCCUACAACCUGGCAUCUGACUACCUUACCUCCUUUCCGGCUCCGCUUCCGCACCCUUAUCUUCGUCACCACCUGCGCUCAAUGCGCAUCGAGAUCGUUCUUGAGAACUACUACUUCACUUCUCAAACUGACUUCACCGUUCCGCGAACAAGCUGGAUUGGCCGCCAAAGCCGAAAGGUCACGACUGUCGACCAGAUGAUGGCAUUCUGCCCCUCCGCACAACUUCUUCUUCGUCUCACAAACCCAAAUUAUGGGUUUUGCAAUCUCCGCUUCCUCGAUCUCCAUAUUCGCACCGAUUUCCGCCUCUUCCCGGUCGACGACGCCUUCCUGCGCGUUUUGGAGGAGAUAAACUUCGUGGUCACGGCCGGCAAGGUUUUGCUGGCCGUGACCGACGACGCUGAUUUUGUGAGGAAGGAGCACCAGGAGGUGAAGAAAAGGAUUGUUGUGGUGGAGUAG